AUGCAGUUGCGACUAGGAAUGUACGAGGGUCGAUUUGGGUUGGGUAAGGGAGGGCGGCCGGAAUGCUCGGUGUGUCACGGUGGCACGACGUCUGCAGUCUCGCGAGUUAAGCUCUUGCUUCUCUCAGGUAUCAACCUUGGUCUAGGUCUGGGGGUCCUGUUCGCUGGUAGUGUUGGUGCGGGUUGUCUGGGUUUUUUGCUUUCCUGGUUUGUUGCAAGGUCCAAUCCAGCGGCAGCUUGGUCGGGGAUCUACUGUCGACGCAAGGACAACAAAAAACGAGGGGGCUACCAGGAGAAGGUGAGGGUGUCUGAGCAAUGA